UCAGUCGACGCUUGCCACUCAGACCGCUCAGACAUGUCGCGCCCGUCGUGAGUGCCAGUUAGCCAUCCACAUUAAUAUACAUAUAUAUAAAUUAACAUCCUCGAAGAGAGAGAGCAGCAGCCAUCAAGUCGAAGACUGUGUAAAACGCAAAACAACGACGCCAUCAGAUGUUGCAGGAUAACAUAAAAUAAUACCAAAGCUAAAUCAUUCUACAAGAAUUGCAAAACCCAGAAAAUAGUGCUCAAGUGUAUCGUAUAAAACAUCAAAUUGUGCAAAUUAGUUACAGUUAGUUAAAACGCCAGCAGAAGUUUCAUAUGCAAAUACACAAAAAAUAAUGUGCAAUAAACUACAAAUCACUUCAAACAAAGGCAACGCAGCAGCAUCCAAAACGUUAGUCACAUCCAGUUGGAGUUGCUCAUAUAGUCAUAAAAGUACUUUUGACAUUUUGUUGGGAUUUACGCAUGGAGAACACCGAAUAAACUAGAGAAGCAGAACUAAAAAAAAAACCCAUCAAAGCACAUCACAAAUGCCAAAAAGGAGCGACAGUCGCUGCAGUUUAUGCAACAAUCGCGUAAAUUUGAGGGCAAGAUACCAAAACUAAGUCAAACGAGUGCAGCAACAGGAGGAGCAACGGCAGCCGCAGAAGCAUCCACAUCCAAGUCUAGUCAAGGGCAGCAGCAACAGAUUGUCUACGUCAACAUGUUGCCCGCGGCCAAUACCCUGAAUGGCAUUCCACAGCAGCAGCAGCAGCAACAAUAUGCGAGCACGGAUGGAAAUGUCUAUCAGCUGCAAAAUGAAAUACUCUGUGAUGCAAAUGGACAUGCCGUGACUGCCGCCACGGCCUCAUAUCAAACUACGGCCAGUAGUCCGCAGCAGCAGCAACAGCAGCAGCAGCAGCAACAGAAUGUUGCAACUAGUGUUGCCGACAAUGUGGUCACAACUAUUAGUUCGUCCUCCAUCCUGCACACGAACGCCAACACCAACGGAGUGGACACAUUGGCCGCCACACAGCAACAACAACAACAACAGCAGCAGCAGCAGCAGCAACAACAGCAACAGCACUACCACUAUAUCACCACCACCGGCGAGGAUGGACAAACCCCGACCACCAUAGUGUUCGAGAACUACAACGGCGGAAUGCCAGCGGUCAGUUCUGCCGCACCAACGCCCGUUCCCGUGUCGCAGGCCAACGCACCCGCGACCACGACCACCACUGCCCUGGUCAACACGGACGGCACGAUCAUCGAGUUCGACGGGAGCACGUACGAGGAGUAUCAUGUCCUCAAAAGCGAGCCCGGCAGCAGCGAUUGCCUGAGCAACGGCAGCAGUGCCGUGGCCGCCGACAUAAUCAAGUACGAUCCCCAGCACGGUGUCGUCGGCGACGAGGAGGACGACGAUGAGAACGGCAUGCUGCAUGUGAAGUACGAGGAGCAGAGCCUCGAACACGAUCCGGAAAACGAGCACGAUGCCGAGCAGGAGCAUGAGUACGAGGAGUACCAGGUGAUCAAGGCCGAGGUGGAGGCCGAGGCGGCGGAGCUGGCAGCCGGCACCACCAGCUAUACGAUCAGCCAGGAGCAGACGGGUUCAGGCAACACGGUGCUGUCCUCAAUGGUGCCCAAAUCGGGAUCAGCGGCGGCCGCCAAGCAGAAGCGCAAACGCAAGACGCGCGUAAUCGCCGACGACGAGCAGGGCGAGUACCUGGAAAAGAUGAGUGUACGUGGCCUGGACAUUGCCCGCUACGAGCACAUCAUCGACGGCGUGGCUUACUGCCUGGUCUGCGCCAAGAACGAUAUCUUCAAGACGUUUAAGAACAAGUAUAGCUUCCAGAGACACGCCUACCUCUUUCACGAGGGCCAAAACCGCAAGAUAUUCGCCUGCCCCAUUUGCAACAAGGAGUUCUCGCGUCCGGACAAAAUGAAGAUGCAUAAAAAGGACAAGCACGGCGAUGUUCCCAUGCCACCAUCGGCCACCACGACGCCGCUAAAGGCUGACGGUCCGCCGGCUAAGCGGGCGCGUACCGCUCGUACUCCGCGCGUCCGCAAGACGAAGGAUGGCAGCACGCCGACCAAGAAGCGGUUAGCGCAGAUCGACAGUGUUCUGGACGACGUGCAAAAUGGGGAGUCUCUGACCAUGGCGCCAGUCAGCGUGAGUCACUCCCAGCAACAGCAGCAGCAACAGAUCCAGCACAGCAUCACAACGCUGGCUCCCUCGACGCCAUCGCAGCCGCAGCAUCAGCUGCAGACGCUGCCAUCGCUGGACUUCAGCGGCAUGAUCCUGCCUGGAGGCGCACAGCUGGCACUGGCCAAUCCGGGCGCCACCAGCUCCGUGGGACUGCAACGAGGACCAGCCACGCCGAAUGGUCAGCCGGCGCCGCCCACCACCACGUUGAUCUACUCGAAUCAACUGGAACUGCAGCAGGCGCUGCUGCAACAGCAGCUGCAAGGUCAGAGCAUCAUGAUCCAGGAUCAAGCCGGCAACCUGGUGCCCCUGCAGCUGGACGGAACCCAGGCGAUAUACACGACGGCGCCGCAGGCUCAGCGCCAACAGACCACGGCCACAUAUCAGACGACGCAGCAGCAGCAACAGCAGCCAGCGCAGCAGCCCGCCGGCCAGGCGCAACAGCAGCCUCACUACGAGUUGGACAACGUUACCUAUUUGAGCUCCACGGCGGCGGCCACACCGACAUCGGCCGAGCAGCAGCAGCAACAACAGCAGCAGCAGCACGUGAUCGGCACGGUUCAGAGCUAUCAGAUCCUGACGCCCGACGGCCUCCAGAACUUCCAACCCAAGCUGGAGACGGCCGAGCUGGGCGACCUGUGUCCCUAUUCGCAGUACACCUUCACGACGCACGCCGGAGCGCAGCCCACGCUGAAUGCGAACGCGCUGGACGCGCAGACCCAGCAUCAGCAGCACCACCAGCAGCAGCAGCACCAUCACCAGCAGCAGCAACACCACCAGCAGACGCAACUACUGCAGCAGCAGCCCUUCGCCACGCAUCACAAUCCGCACCAGCAGUUCAUGGAGCUGAAGAACGAGCUGCUGAUUAAGGGCGGCGACGCCUACACCCUGGACACUGCCUCCAUGUACCACCUGCCCUUCUCGCCCACCUCGAUGAUCAAUGCGGUGAACGAUGUGAACACCUCGUCGCUGCUGGAAACCAAAGAAAUUAGGUUCUUCUAAACACGACAACCACCAGAAACAAAUGUUCAAGAGGCCAUACAACACCACACCAAGCAACAACAACAGAACCCAGAACACCAUCACCAAUCCAAGUCCGAACUCGAAUUCGAAUCCGAAUCAGAAUCAGAAUCGGAUUCAGAGUCAGAUCAAUAACACCACACAAGAUGAUUCGCAACGCCGGCAAGUGGAAGCGUAUCGCAUUUACUACGAAGAAAUCGUCGUCAAGCAGGCUAAUGCCCGUGCUCGUCUUGGCGACAGCAGCACACGUUGCAGCAACAGCAUCACCAGCCGCAAUACCAGCAGCAGUGGCCGCGGCAGCAGUUUCGUCGACAAGUUCGCUGACUUUGUGACCCACUCGAGCCGAACUUCUCCCAUGCCCAAUCCCCCUGCCCAGUCCCAUGUGCCGCCAACCACAAGAAAUGCGACUAAUGCAAUCCUUCCUCCCAAAACAAACAGCAGCAGCAGCAGCAGCGGCGGCAACAGCAGCAGCAGCGGAGCCACUAGCAACAAUGCAUCCACCGUGGUGAGCAGCAGUGCGAGCAAUGGCCUCAAGCCGGCGGCCAAGAAGACACCAGUCAUUCUGCUGGCCGCUCGUGGUGCCGCCAAGCAGCCGCAGCUCAGCAUUCUUAAUGGCAACACCAAGGCCGGAACCGGAAAUGCAAGCGGAGGCGGCGGCGGUGUUACAUUGGUGCGCGUCAAUGCAACCAAUCGCAAUCAGCGCCAAGUUAUCGUCGCUCCGGAGGCAACACCUGUGGAACACCAGCAGCCAGUGGUCGAGGAGGAGAUGUUGGCCGAGGACGAUGAGCUCGACGAGGACAUGGAUGAGGAUGCAGUUGCCCUGUCCGGGCUCUCCUCCUCGACUGCCCAGAUCCUGCGAAAGUUCCGCAUACCCAAGGGGACGGCCGUGACGGCCAAGUCGGGGGAGAACUACCUGGCCAUGCCGACACCAACACCCUCGCCGCCGGGUGUCGUCAAUUUGGUUAGCUCCGGCGUUGAGGCUUCCGGCUACAUAGAGAACGACGACGACAUCAUCGAGGAGCUCAACGAGGACGACCUGGUCGAGGAGAUCAUCGACGAGGAGCCCAGUCAGGAGCAGCCGGAGUUGCAAGAGACGACGACCGCCAAUGGCCUAGAUCUGAGCAGCACGAACAAUGCGACUGCCACAACGACUGGCACCGCCAUGCUGCUGGCCCCACAACCGCCUCCGCUUCAGCUGCAGACUGUGGCCUCCAACGGCACCGUGACCUGCUUCAACCUGCCGGCCAACACCAUCCUGCUGCAGUCGCCCGAUGGCAGCAUAAUCGCCGCCACCCAGGUGCCGCAUCCCAGCAAGGCGGGUCAGCAGCAGCUGAUUGCGUUGCCGGGCAACGUGGCCCUGGCCACCGAACAGGCGUCGCAGUCUCAAGCCACAUCGGCUCCACAGGCCACGCAGACCCUGAUCCUGACCGCCGACGGCACGGCCAUUCCCAUCCUGGCCACAAAUCCCCAACAGCAGCAGCAGCAGCAGCAGCAACAGCAGCAGCAGCAACAACAGCAACAGGCUGCCGCUGCUGCUGCUGCUCAGUUGUUCGCCGCGUAGGGUCUAAUGGGUGGCCAAAUGGGUCGAUUUUUGAACAGUGCCACCAUAAUGCCGACCACAUACUUCUUUUAGAAAUCUCAAAAAUGUUCCGCGCAGAUUCGGUUGCCCAUGGCGCAAAGCUGGGAACGCAGCUCUGUGCCGUCGGCAACGUUUAAAUGUUUUUAGGGUUUUAGAAUACUUCAAAAAUCGUCACAUUUGGCCACCAAAAUGCGGGGAGAAAUGCAACAGGAGCGUUUGCUGUAAAGAAACGAAUGAAAUGGAAGGAAUAUUAACUCAAACUUAAGCCAAGCUAACUCAUUGAUAUUACCACACUGUUGGAUGUGCAUACGAAAUUUAUUUUUUUACUCAAAAACCAAAUGCCUACAAGAAUAUAAAUCAAAUGUUGUUCAACACACAGAAACAAACACACACACGCGAAUGGAUUUGAGGCGGAAUCAAAUGCAUUCGGUUCACGGCAAACUUAAGAGCAUCGUAAAUUAAAAUAAUUUUUACGCCUAAGAUAAAUUUUAAAUGUUUAAGUGCAAAACACGAGACACACACCCCAAACCAGAUGUAACAAUUUCACCUGCCUACAGUGCGGGCAGAAUAUGUUUAGCGUAAUUUAGUUUUGCAAGAACGAUUCCGUUUCGAUGAAAAGGAUAGCUCACUUUUGUAACUACCGGGAGCGUUCUCAAGAAAUAUACUUAUAAAUAUAAUUUGUUCCUUGCAUAAUGAGAGAUAGACAGCUAGAGCGACUAUGCAACGUAUUUCAUGUAGUAUUUAUUCGAUAAGUUCUCGAUCUAUUUAUUUAUUUUUGUUAACUAUUUCCAUUCGUGUGACCCGCCGCCACCUUUGUCAUUACACUUUCUUUUGCCAUGUUGUAUAUUCUUUAC